AUGUCACCGCAAGACACUCCUGGCCGUUCGGGUGAGGACAAGCCGGAAGGCUUGUCCAAGUACCUCAAGCGCAUGAAGACGGUUCUGCGUACGCGCUCCAGUUCCAAGCGCCAGUCCAUGGUCGCCGUCCCUGAAGCCGCCGAGGGAUCAUCAACUAAUAACCUUUUUCUUUCCCAUCGCAACAGUCCGCCAGCCACAACCGCGCCCGAACCCGAGACCAAUACUCCCGGCGCCGAACCAGCCAUGGUCACCGACUACAGUGCCAUCCAACAAGAGAAAGCGCGCGCCCUCUUCGCCAAAUACGGCCUCACCCUCGAACCAGGCGAAUGGAAAUCCCCAGCGGACCUCCAAUUUGCCCGAGUAACCAAACCCAUCCGCAUGCGCGUCCAUCGCACCUGUCACCGCUGCGAAACCACCUUCGGUCCAGAGAAAGUCUGCGUCAACUGCCAGCACCCACGAUGCAAGAAAUGCCCCCGUUUCCCACCAACCCACGAACAGGGCGACGAUGGGCACCCCCGUGUUCCCCGCUCCCGAAUCGCCGAGAUUCGCGCCCGUCAACCGGGUACUCUGCCGAUUACUCCGCAUCUCAAGUUUACUGGCAAUCCGGCGGCGCCGUUGACUAUGCCCUCGCGCACGGGCGGCCAGGAUCUCGUGCGCAAACAGGUUGUCCAGCGGGUGCGAAGAUGGUGUCACUCGUGCGAGACGAUGUACGCUCCUGGCUCCAAGGUGUGCGCAUCUUGUAGCCAUGUGCGAUGCAAGCGAUGCCCGCGCGACCCGCAUAAACCAGACAAGUAUCCGGAUGGAUACCCCGGGGACGCCGAGCCGCCGAAGAUCAAGCCGGAGCGGACGUAUAGGAGGGUCCGGCAGAGGGUGCAUUACAUUUGCCAUGUGUGUACUACGGGGUAUAACGAGGGGGCGAACGUGUGUGCAAAGUGUGGACAGGCCAAGGGCGCGGAGACUAUACGGAUUCCACCGAAGAAGGUUAAACGAGAGCCCGAUCCGGCUGUUGUUCGGAGCGUUGAAGAGAAGAUGGCAUCCAUGAAGAUAUCGGAGUGA